AUGGCAGAACCACAGCAAACUGUCGUGGCGGAAUAUCUACGAGACACCAGUAAACCUCUUCGGCCAAUUUUGACGUCUCUCAAUGGCGAUAACAGCUGGCUGAUGUCUUUUCCAAGACCAAAAGCAGAACAAGCUGCGACUGGGAGGAUCUUCUACCAUGUUGCUUUCGAGCCUUGGCUCAAAGGUCCUGCCGAUGUCAUCAGCUCAUGGCUUGUUCACAUCAAGAUGGUCAAGAAUCCCGAGAUUCCAACCUUCGAAAGCCUAGAAAAUGUGAUUCGCGAGAUCGAACAGGCUGCAGCUGUGCGCUUGCCAUCCAUGGAUGAGGGAGAUGCCACUCAACAAAGUACGACAAGUCCCUUGGACGCGAUCCUCCUUGGUUUCUAUUAUUCCGAUCAUUUACACCCGCCGACUCUAAAGUCAUUUUCUCCAAAUAUUCCUGUCAUUGCAACAGGUCCAGGAGCUGAAAUACUCGAAACCUGGAACCACUUCAGAACCAUCCGGGUGAUCAGCAACUUGGACCCCUCCGCAACAUCAUGGCAGACUCCAGACCUUCAUCCAGGCCAGCCAUUUCCCAAAUGGCUCACACCAAUAUUCUUACCUGGCAGUAGUAUUUUGAACUUUGUCUUCGCCAUCAUCUGGUCACAUACAGUCGAUAGUCAAGAAAUACACGAGACCAUCUUGCACUCUCCUCACGGCAUUGACCCGGAGGAAAAGAUACUCAACGCAUUCCUCGAUUCGGAGCCCAAGACGAGGAAGUUGGCCAUGCUACACGGUCUCAAGGAAAGUUACACCGGCGGCAUGAAGACUACCUUUGGAGCAAAAAGUGGACUAGUACUUGAUCGAAAGGUCGGAGGUGUUGACCAUUGGGUGGUCAGUCACUCUGCUGAGAUGUCAUACAGCGGGCUCAUCAUGAGGGUCCUGUGGACAGUCGACACCCAUAGAUCGAUCGAGUGGGCACUUGAAGAGGAACGGAAGAAUGAUCCCGGUUCUGUCAGACAUCAAAGACCUAAUGUGGUCACGGUUUCCAAUGGUGGAUCGAAAGUGUUGACGUGUUGA